UUGACAACGUCAUUAUGUGUUUUGACUGAUUGUUGUUAAACAUUGUGGAGUUUUUUUAAAAUGGGGGAUAUGUUAAAAGAAUUACGCGAAAAAUCACGUAAAAGAAAGUUGCUAUUAGCCCAAACGUUGGGAGUUUCUGGAGCGGAGGAAUUAAGACAGGUGUUGGGUACUGCAGAAGGCUCCGUUAAGAAGCUAGUUAAUAAAGAAUCAGCCAAUAGUCAAGAAAAUGAUAAAUAUGAUUAUAAAAAGGACACUCCAGAUGAACUCGUUUAUAGAGACUCGUCAAUGUUUUUGAAGGGUACACAAUCCUCAAAUCCACACAACGACUACUGCCAACAUUUUGUAGACACAGGCCAAAGGCCUCAGAAUUUUAUUCGUGACGUGGGUCUCGCAGACCGUUUCGAGGAGUACCCCAAGCUUCGCGAACUGAUAAAACUCAAAGACGAACUUAUAGAACAGACAGCCACCCCGCCGAUGUAUUUAAAAUGUGAUCUAGCAACGUACGAUCUCAAAAACAUCAACAGUAAAUUCGACGUCAUCCUAAUCGAACCUCCCUUGGAGGAGUAUCAGAGGACUAUGGGGGCGACCAACAUGCAGUUCUGGUCGUGGGACCAUAUUAUGAACUUAGAUGUGGGCGAAGUGGCUGCGCAGAGGAGUUUCGUGUUUUUGUGGUGUGGAAGCUCGGAGGGUUUGGACAUGGGAAGGGUGUGUUUGAGAAAAUGGGGCUUUAGAAGGUGCGAAGAUAUAUGUUGGAUAAGGACCAACAUAAAAAACCCAGGCCAUUCGAAGAACCUCGAUCCGAGGGCCGUAUUCCAAAGAACGAAAGAACAUUGCCUAAUGGGUAUUAAAGGUACAGUUCGACGGUCAACCGACGGGGAUUUUAUCCACGCGAACGUGGACAUAGAUCUCAUAAUUUCCGAAGAGAACGAGUAUGGGAGUUUGGAAAAACCCGUUGAAAUAUUUCACAUUAUAGAACAUUUUUGUUUAGGGCGGAGACGGUUGCACGUAUUUGGUAGAGACAGUACGAUACGACCUGGGUGGCUGACGAUAGGUCCCGAACUGACAAAUUCCAAUUUCAACGCUGAUUUAUACGCAAGCUAUUUUGGCAACAAUACGAUCACCACGGGUUGCACAGAGAGGAUAGAGGCUCUCAGGCCGAAGAGUCCCCCACCGAAGGGUAAGGGCAACGCGGGUGGGAGGGGAAGAAACAACUUUCAGAGGGGAAGGGGACGGGGACGGUGAGAAACGUUUGUUUGCAUUCGCCUCGUACGAUUCUCUUUUUAUAAACAAUUAUUUAUUGUUUUAUCCAUAGUGAGGUUUAAGUCAUUUGUAAUAAAAGUAUAUUUA